UCUUGUGAAAUGCUCGGAUAAGGAGGCAAUCGGAUUACUAGCGUGGACAACCAGCUUUGCUUAUCAAAUCAGACAAGUGUUCAAUGAAUGUGGGAGCCUUCACUCGAAACAGUUGAAUGGCACGCUUCUACUGUCGCUGGUGCACAGUGUUGGUGUGCGUGUGCACGCCAUGCAUCUCCUUGGUCCUGCUGUUCGCCUAUGCUACUGUCAUGUUGUGUUUGGCCAUGAGUGAUAGCACUGCAGCACCAGAACUUAUUCACUUUGUGGCCCCUGGAACUUUUAGCAACCAGAGCUUUGGCCCACUCCCUAAAACUUUCUGGGACCUCCGCCAGCACGGAGACCCCAUUUGGAACCGUCUCCAGAUGACCAUCGACCGCCAUUUCAACCUCAUUCUGCACCCCAACAACAUCGAGAGGGGAUCUGACAACGAUACCUCAUAUGAGUCCCUACGGACGCAAGGUUUCUCUGAAGUUACCAACUUGGACAGCAUGAGGAAAACUUUUGAUCAGCUACCACAGCAGUUACAAGAGUAUGUGAGCCACAUGCAAAGGAGAGACUACCCAACCCUCAUCCAGCCAGAUGGAGUAUGUGGAGCUGGGGCGAAGGAUGAGAGGGACGCCCCUCUCCUUCUCCUGGCCAUCAAGUCAACAGAGCGGAAUUUUAAGAACCGGCAGGCCAUUCGACAGACCUGGGGCCAGGCGGGAUGGGUAGCAGGACAGUGGAGGAAAGGUAAAGGAGGAGGACGAGGAGAAGGUGGAGGAUACGUCCGCAGGGUGUUCCUGCUCGGGAAUGGAAGAGAGGAAAAUUUGGGUGUUAGGUCAUCUGAGUUACUGCAGAUGGAGAGCGAACGUUAUGGAGACAUUCUGCAGUGGGACUUCAGGGACACGUUUUUCAAUCUCACCUUGAAAGACGUGCUCUUCUGGAGCUGGUUCUGCCACUCUUGCAACCGGACUCUCUUCGUCUUUAAGGGGGACGACGACGUCUUCGUCAACACCCCGAGGAUGAUGACGUACCUCCAGGACCAGCUAGAGAAGCCACAAGCACACAAGACCAUUGAAGACUUCAUGAUUGGGGAUGUCAUAGUUGCAGCCUUACCCAACCGAGUCAACGAGUCCAAGUACUUUAUCCCAGACAGCUUCUACAAGGGCCUCUAUCCUCUGUAUGCAGGCGGUGGAGGGGUGGUGUACUCAGGCCUGUUGACCAAACGCCUACACAACAUGUCUAAAAGGGUUCACCUGUUCCCAAUCGACGACGUUUAUGUGGGGAUGUGUAUGGUUCGGCUUAACGCUCGGCUGGACCACCACCCUGCCUUCCUCACGUUUGACUUUCCUAACAGGGAAGAGGAGGAGGAGCUGUGUUCGUAUCACACAAUUCUAUUGGUACACAAACGAAGCCCCACCCAGGUAGUUCAACUGUGGGACGACAUGAAAAUGACACAGUCACUGUGUUGGGAUGCGCCCCUGAGAGAGGCAAACCUGAAGGAAAACACAACAAAAGUGUAG